AUGGGAACCGAAACAACUUGCAAAAAACCGUGCUCUGUGUGUCUAAAAGCAUCGCACGGCUGCCAUUUCGGCGCAGAAACGUGCCGAGCGUGUGCCGCAUUCUUCCGGCGUUCCGUGUUCCUCAAAAUCCAUUACAACUACUGUCGAAAUGCCAAGAACAAUUGCUGGCUGGAAAACGGAAAGUGGCUAUGCAAAAAAUGCCGCCUUCGUCGCUGCUAUAAUGUCGGAAUGCAAGAAAAAAACGUCCAAUACGAUCGAGAUUUGUUCUCAAUCAGAGGCAAGAUGGCUCAAAGAAUUCCUCGAACAAUGGAACAAUUCGCAGGAAGACCUCACAUCCUUCUCCUCUUCGAUCCCAAGCUCGCUUCACCAAAUAAAACCAUAAUCGAUCUUCAACCAUUAAUCGACAAGCUGCAUUUCAUUCUAGGCAAGAAAAAUCCAACGCCUCGCUAUCUAGAGAACAAGAAUCUGUUCGAGCGAAUAGUAAGCUCCUUCAAUAACCUCUUCUUCUCCGAAAACACGUUUCCCAAGGAAAACAGGACGAUUCAAAUAAUUUCAAGAAUUGGGAAGCAGACGAUGCUAAAACGAAUGUCGACAGAUCUCUUAAAAGCCGCCCAAUGUGCAAUGCAAACCCAUAUGCUCGAUAAUGUACCACUGCCAAUAAAGAUGAGAAUUAUUAGUAAUUUCUGGGAGGUAUGGGACGAAUUGAACAAGCUUUUUCUAACAUUACACAUAAAGGGACCAGAAUGGCUCAACGGCAAGAUAUUCCUAGUGAACAGUAUCGAGGCAAUCGAUGUACAAAACACUGAUUUCGAGGUCACAUGGAUCACAAAGUAUCCAAAGGAUCAAAUCGUAUCAUACUACCGGUAUAUGAGAACCGAUACGUUCAAAAAGAUUUGCGAGCUUCUCAAAAAAAUCAAUCCAAGUGUAGAAGAAUCCAUAUUUAUAAUCUUCUUUGUUUGUCUUACCCUAAAAGGUCGCAACCCAUGCCAAGAAAUGUCCGAAUACACUGAAUCAAUAAUUGAUACUCUAACCGACUGUCUCCAUGAUUACUACUCGAAAACCUUAAAGCUCAAUAAUUAUUCGCACAGAUUAUCCCAAUUAUUGGCAAUUAAAAAAGUAAUAGAAUUUGCUCGAAAGAGUCCAACGGCCAACACUUCGGCGUCGAGUCGUGUCGAGCAUGCGCCGCAUUUUUCCGGCGAUGUGUGUUCCUCAAGCUCGAAUUCAAGUGCAGGACAAAAACCAACGAUUGUGAAGCAGAAUAUGGGAGAAGUUCAAUAUGAUCGAGAUUUACUCUCAACAGGCGGAAAGUUGGCUCAAAAGAUCCCCCGAACAAUGGAACAAUUCGCCGGAAGACCUCACAUCCUUCUCCUUUUCGAUCCCGAGCUUGCAUCACCUAAUAAGACCGUUAUCGAUGUCAGCCCUAUGCUCGACAGGGUCUACAGCAUCCUAUGCACAGACGUCGCACUUCCGCCCAACCUUCUACGGAUGAAUCUUCUUCAGCGAAUCGUGCACGUCUUCGAACAACAGAGCACCUCUACAUACGACAACUAUCAAAUGAUCUCAAAUAUGGGAAAAGAGCAAAUGCUUGCCUAUGUCGAACGCGAUAUUAUAGGAACGGCUCUCUGCGCUAUGGGGUCUCACAUGCUCGAAAAUAUCCCAAUAGAAAUUCGAAUGCGAAUGGUUGGCAGCUUCUGGAAGUUAUGGUCAAAUUUGGGAAAACUCUUUUUGACAAUAAACGUGAGAGGCGAUCAAGUGCAAAACGACAAGGUAUUUUUACUAAAUGGGGAUGAGGCUGUGGAUCUCAACAACACCGACUUUGACAUCUCAUGGAUGACAAGAUAUUCAAAAGAGCAUAUCGAUUUGUAUAUGCGCUGUAUUCAAGGCAACGCGUUCGAAAGGGUUUUCGAUAUUCUCAACAAAAUCAAACCAUCCAUGGAAGAAGCAAUCUUCAUGUCAUGUAUGAUCUGUCUCUACGACACAGGAAAAUGUGAAGGGGGAGAAAUCCAGGAAAUCGCCGAAUCUCUCAUCGACUCCUUAACCGACUGUCUACACGAUUACUACUCGAACACCCUAAAGCUUGCUAAUUAUUCUCACAGAUUAUCAUUGUUACUACAAUUCAAGGAUGUUAUCAUAGUUUCAACAAUGGAAACAACUUCAACAUUAUCGAAAUGCGCAAUUUGCGAAAAACCAUCGCAUGGCAUCCAUUUCAGCGUCGAAUCAUGUCGAGCCUGUUCGGCAUUCUUUCGACGUUCGGUCUAUCUAAGAAUAGAAUUUAAGUGUAAAAACAACAACAAUUGCAAAUGGGAAGACGGACGAUGGAAGUGCAAAAAAUGCCGUCUAAAACGGUGCUACGAGGCCGGAAUGCAGGAAAAAAACAUUCAAUACGACAGGGACAAAAUCUCAAGAACUGAAAACCUGGGAUCAUCGGCAAUUCAAAAAAUUCCUCGGACGUUCGAACAAUGCGCGGGUCGACCUCAUAUUCUUCUCCUAUUCGACCCCGAGCUCGCUUCUCCCGAGAAAACCUAUAUCGACGUUAGUCCACUUCUAAACCAAGCUCGUCUGAUUCUGAGCCAAGAUUCACCGCUACCCUCAAAUUUUAAACAUAAGAAUUUACUUCAAAGGUACGUGUAUGUCUUCGAGAAACUCGUCACAUCAAUAAAGAAGAAUCAAUUAAAGCUAAUUUCCAAUAUGGGCAAAACUGAGAUGAUCUCCUGUGUUGAGCACGGAUUGCUUGAAGCUGCCCAAUGCUCAAUGCAUUCACAUAUGUUCGACAAUGUUCCAAUCAACAUAAGGAUUAUCGUGCUCAACAGCAAACAGACUGUGGACUGGAAAAAUACCGAUUUCGACACCUCAUGGCUAACCAAUUAUUCAAAAGAACAAAUGAUUAUGUACUACCGUACCUUGCAAACCGAUUCAUUUGUCAAAGUGUUCCAACAUCUCAAGAAGAUCAAGCCAAGUGUUGAAGAAGCUAUUUUCAUCACCUGCAUUGUCUGUCUAUCCUACAAAGAUAUUCAAUAUCAUAGGGAUUUGCUCAAGACAACCGACAAAAAUUUUAGCAGCGUUAUUUCCAAAAAAGAUCUCGGUGUGGCCAAAAGAAAUCCUAGGAUUCGAAAUCCAACAUACCCUCGAACCAUGGAACAAUUCGCCGGGAGACCUCACAUCCUUCUACUUUUCGAUCCUGAGCUGGCAUCACCUAAUAAGACAUUAAUUGAUGUCAACCCAAUGCUCGACAAAGUAUAUGGAAUAUUGUGUAAGCAGCUUGACAAUGUGGGAAAAACUGAAAUGCUUGGAUUCCUAGAAAACGGGAUGAUCGAAGCAGCCCAAUAUGUAAUGGAUUCUCAUAUGCUUGAUCAGGUUCCAUUAAACAUAAAGAUGAAACUUGUAUGCAAUUUCUGGCAAUUAUGGGCUGAGCUCGGCAAUACAUUUUUGACACUACAGGUGCGCGGCGAGAAGCUGCUAAAAGACAAGAUAUUUCUGGUGAAUAAUAAUCAAGCUAUCGAUUGGUACAAUACCAACUAUGAAAUCUCAUGGGUCCCAAAUUAUUCAAAAGAGCAAAUGAAUUGGUACUACCGUUGCCUGCAAACUGACCCAAUCGAAAGGAGCUUCAAUGUAAUAAGUAAGAUGAAACCAACGAUAGAGGAAGCUAUAUUUAUCAUCGGCCUAGUCUGUUUAUCAUACAAAGGUCGCAACUCAUCUCCAGAGCUGUCCGAAUACGCUGAAUCAAUAGUUGAUACUCUAACCGACUUAACCCACUGCCAAGUGUGCUUGCGAUCAUCUCACGGAAAUCAUUUCGGCGUAGAAACGUGUCGAGCGUGUGCCGCAUUCUUCCGGCGAUGUGUCUUCCUUAAGCUCAACUUCAAAAUCUGCCGCAAUCUCAACGAUAAAUGCGAUCCACAAAACGGAAGGUGGCUGUGUAAAAAAUGCCGCCUUCGGCGUUGCUACAACGUAGGAAUGAACGAUAAAAACGUGCAAUACGAUAGAGAUACUCACUCAACAGCAGAGAAGCCUUGUAGUAACAAUAGAAUAAUAAUCCAUAAAGAAGGUGAACUACUCAAAGGUCCGGAAACAAUGGAGCAAUUCGCCGGAAGACCUCACGUCCUUCUUCUAUUCGAUCUCGAGCUUGCAUCACCUAAUAAGACAUUUAUCGAUAUCAGCCCUAUGCUCGACAAGGUCUACGGGGUGGUCGUUAAGGAGCAUCCUCUUCCUCAAAGCUUGAAGAGUCAAAAUCUACUUCAACGAAUCGUGCAUGCGUUUAAUGAAUUGAGUUCUUCGAUGUCGAACUGUAGUUAUAAGCUGCUCCACAGAAUUGGAAAACCCGAAAUAAUGGACUCUUUGAAAAAAGGGAUGGUCGAAGCCGCACAGUUUGCAACCGAUUCGCAUAUUUUCGAUAAUAUCCCAAUUCAAGCUCGGAUGAAUCUGGUAUGCAAUUUCUGGCAAUUAUGGGGGAAACUCGGCAAAAUCUUCCUAACAAUGAACGUACGCGGUGCGCAAGUUCUUAACGACAAAAUAUUUCUGUUUAGCCAUAAACAGGCUAUCGAUUGGUACAACACAGACAUAGACUUCUCAUGGGCUACCAAUUAUUCAAAAGAGGAAAUGAAUUGGCGAUGUGUCUUUCUUAAGCUCAAUUUCAAAAAUUGCCGCAAUCUCAACGAUAAAUGCGAUCCGCAAAACGGAAGCUGGUGGUGCAAAUGCCGUCUUAAGCGCUGCAACGAUGUCGGAAUGCAGAAAUCAAAAGUACAAUACGAUAGGGAUGUGCACUCAACCGCUGCCAAACCUACAAGAACUUUAGUAAUAAUUCCCAAUGAAAGUAGUACAUUAUUUCAAGGCCCGGAAGUAGUUAAAACAAUUCCGUUGAUUCCUCACAAUCUAGAAGUUGAACGAAUCCCGAGGACAAUGGAACAAUUCGCCGGAAGACCUCACGUCAUCCUUCUAUUCGAUCCCGAGCUUGUAUCUCCGAAAAAGACAUUUAUCGAUAUCAGCCCUAUGCUCGACAAGGUCUACGAAAUAUUGCGCAAGGAACAUCCUCUUCCUCCAAACUACAAAAGUCAUAAUCUACUGCAGCGAAUCGUAUAUACGUUUCAGGAGUUGAGCUCCUCGACAAAAAACUAUACCUACAAGUUGCUCGACAAUGUAGGAAAAUCGGAUAUGCUGAGUUAUUUAGAAAAAGGAAUGAUCGAAGCUGCACAAUUUGUAAUGAACUCCCAUCUACUCGACCACAUUCCAGUAGCUGUAAGGAUGAACAUCUUUUGCAAUUUCUGGCAAAUAUGGGGAACCCUCGGCAAAAUCUUUUUAACACUGCACGUGCGCGGCGAACAAGUUCUUAAAGAUAAAGUAUUUCUUAUAACUGAGAACAAAGCAAUAAAGUGGUGUCACACAAACUUUGAAUAUUCAUGGAUCACCAAUUAUUCACAACAACAAAUGGAUUGGUACUAUCAAUACUUACAAACCAUACCCCUAGGAGGUAUAAUAAACCGCAUACGUAUGAUUAAUCCAAGUACAGAAGAAGCCAUCUUCAUCACCAGUCUAAUUUGCCUGUCAUACAAAGGUCGAAUUUCAUCUCCGGAUCUGUCCGAAUACACUGAAUCAAUAAUUGAUACUCUAACCGACUGUCUCCACGAUUACUACUCGAAUACCUUAAAGCUCACUAAUUACUCUCACAGAUUAUCACAAUUAUUGGGAAUUAAGAAGAUAAUAGAUGAUCAUUCAAAUCUUCGCCGCCAACAAUUUGAUCUUUCCAACAAAUUCGACGUUUUCUCCGUCCAAUUUUCGCAUCCCGAGUUAAUUGAUCUAUGCUUUUAA